GCCAUUUUGAGAUGAUGUGCCCGUUGAGAAAGCCUAUGAAGAUGCUGAAAUCAACGAACAUGGUUACAUUUCUGUCUGUUUCUCCCUCCGUCUCCUCUAUUUCACCAUGGCAGCUGUCAACCGACGGGACAUUAGCAAAGCGGGGUAUCAAGCUGUGCUCACAGAGUUAAAACGUCAUUGAAAUGAAAGAGGAGAGUGUCUGUUUACUGUCUCUGUCGAGACAUGUAACACCGUGAGUUUUUUCCAGUCUGAAAUCUUCCAGCAUCUCUCACAACCCAACGUCUCCUUGAGUGACUGAGUUAAUUCACUCUUGUACCGGGGAGAAGGGAGGCAGAUCCGUUUUCCAAUGGCUUCUGUGAGCCUUGUUUCCAGUCCCCCAGCCCCUGUUCUUGACAAAAACAUGACAGACUCUGAGCUUGCAGGGGAUGAAAGAGAGGAUGGCGAACUGGAAGAUGGAGAAAUAGAUGACGAAGGGAUUGGAAUUGAAGAGGAGAACAAAGAGGCUACAGAGGGGAAUGACAACAAAGAGAAAGAGAAGGAAAAGGAAAAAGAAAAAGCUAAAGAGAAAGAAGAAAAGACUCACCGGCACUCCAGGAAGCGAUACAAAAAGACCAGAGAGAAGAGGAGGUCUAAAAGGAGGAGGCGUGACAGACAGAAACACCACUCCCCCUCCAGCAGCUCCAGCUCUGACAGUUAUGACUCCGACUACGACCGAGUAGAGAGGCCCAAAAACCGGAAGAGCCAGGGAUCCAGCCGAGAGUCUGAUGGCCAGUCCUCCCAGCACGGGCGAGAUUCAAAGGGAGGCCAUGGCAAGUCCCCGCCGCUCAAGAGCAGUGAUUUUGACAAAUACAGCGACUACAGUGAUGACAAGUAUGACUAUGAUGAAGAGGAGGAUGAUUACGAAGAUGACAUGUCUGAGUAUCAGCAGGCAAAAGAUUCGACUUCUCAGAGUCAGGGAAAGGGACGCCAUGCUAAAGACCAGAUGAAGAGAGGAAACAUGAGGGGGAUGAAACAACAGCAGUUUGUGCAGAGGGGAAGAGGCAGAGGGAGUGGACCAGGAAGAGGACGCGGGAUGCUCAACAAGAACAAGAAGCUCAAGGGCAAACCCUGGGGAGGACGUGGACGAGGUCGAGGAGGAGACCAGGGUAUGGAAGACAUGGCAUCUGAAGGAAAAAAUUCUUCUGGUUUUCAGAAGAAACGGCCAAUCAUGAGCAAGGAGUUUAUCAAUCAGCACACAGUUGAACACAAUGGUAGAUACAUCUGCAAGUAUUUCCUGGAGGGUCGAUGCAUCAAGGGGGAACAGUGCAAGUUUGAACAUGAGCUCGUCGUACCAGAUAAGAAAAAGGAGCUUUGUAAAUUUUACCUCCAAGGAUACUGCAGCAAAGGAGAUAAUUGCAUUUACAUGCACAGUGAAUACCCGUGCAAGUUCUUUCAUACAGGAGCCAAAUGUUACCAAGGAGACAACUGCAAAUUCUCCCACGAGGCUUUGACUGAUGUGACCAAAGAGUUGCUUGACAAGAUAAUUAACACUGAAGAAGAGAAUGCUCGUGAAGACGAGUUGGAGCUGGAGGAUCUGAGAAAGCAGGGUAUCGCCCCACUUCCGAAGCCUCCUCCUGGGGUGGGGUUGCUGCCCACUCCUGGUCAGAGCAGUCCUACAGAUGGAGCCGCUGGCCAAGCAGGGAAGAAGAUCCCCUCCCUUUUUGAAAUCAAGGUUCAACCGACUGUAAACCUGGCACAUAAAAUUGGUCUGAGCGGCUCCAACUUCUCCCAGAAUCAAGGUGAAGGCACCAAUCAGUUCAGUGGAGGCCCAGAGGACUUGCAGAGUGGAGGUAUGGUGCCUUCAGGUCCCUCUGCUCCUCCUAUUCCUCCCCCUGGAUCACCUGUUCCCAUGGGUCCCCCGACUGGGCCACCCAUGCCGCAGAGCCCCCCAGGACAACACCAACCACACGGAUUUCCAAUGCAGCCACCAAUCCCCCCUGGUCAACCCCCACCCUUCCAUGGAAACCGGCAUAAUGCCAACCCUCAGAUGAAUAUGCAGAGGCCUCCAUUCCCUCCUGCACCUGAUCUACAGAUGCUGCAAAGCCUCUUCCCCUUCCCAUCGUUGGGUCAGAACCCAGUAGAGUUCUUCAGCAGCUUCCUCCGAAACCAGGCCGUGGGUCAACAAGGAGACCCUGGCCUGGUCUUCAUGCAGAACCUCCAGCAGCAGUUGGGUGCAGAGUCACAGUUGCAGUCUUUACCACCAGCAGUACAGAAAGCCAUCUUUUUACACCUGACACAGCAGCAGCAGCAACAAGAGUCCCAUCCACAGGGGAAUGAGCCACAGAGAGCAGAGGGCCAGGAUGACAAUGCGAACAGAGAUGAAACCACAAACUGGUACUCCAGCGACGAGGAGGAUGGGAGCUGUGUUUCCUCCAUUCUGAAAUCUCUACAGAAGCACAGUGAGAUGCAGCAGUCUCAGUCCAAGCCCCCCCAGGCCACCCCUGUGGCUCCAGCUCUGGGUGACCCUCGGCUUGUGAAGGACAGGGCUCCACCCAGUGACCCCCGUGUGAAGACAGACCCUCGACAGCGACCCCCAGACAUGAAAAAGGAGUCGGACGGAGCUACAGACCCACGGCUCUCCAGAGACCCCAGGAAGAUGAGACCAAUGGAGCCGAGUUCCUAUCGCCAGCAGAGCCACCCUGCUCCUCAGAAACCUCCAACAGGAGAUGAGGAUGAUGAAGGUGAGAGGGAGCUCAGGGACAAAGCUGUUCUCAUCCCUCUAGAGGCUGGCCCCGGCGUGCUGCUGCGGGACCCUCGUUGCCAGUUAAAGCAGUUUAGCCACAUCCGGGUGGACAUCUUGCUCCAGCGGCCAGCCUUUGCUCAGACAGUGGUGUGGGCCCCUGAGGACCUUAUCCCUUCCCUGGUUCCCAAACAGGAACACUCCAUCAACCUGCCCCUUCCACCCCUAAUUGCAGAUGCUCAGAUGAACCGAACAAACCUGCCUGAUCAUCCUCCCGUCAUCAGCCCUCCGCCGACUGAUCCCAGACUGGCAGCUGCACGCUUGAAGGAACGUAUGAGUCGGUUGUCCUCUGGAUCGCUAGAGUCCCGAUCCUCCACUGAAAGACCUGCGGAUCCGCGUCAGCAGAAGACUUUGGACCCCAGACUCAAGCGUACAGGGAGUCUGGACUCUAAGCUCCUGGGUCAGAAAGAGCCCACCUCUGGGGGGGGUGUUGUGGACCCCAGGCUACAGAAAGCCAGCGCUAGUUCCUCUCCUCACGCUGCUCGAGCCAAGCCAGAGCCUGAGAAGCUGCCACCAUAUGCCCCUCGUCUGGCAUCCUCUGGAGGAGGGCUAGAGAGUCCCACUACAAUCCUUGGGGGCAUCAGUCUGUAUGAUCCUCGUAAUCAAACGGAGCAGGCUCAGAAGGAGCAAGCAGAGCCUCCUAAAAAGGCGGGAAUCCUUAAACACCCAGAUAAGAAAGACAAUGCUCCGCCACCAUCACUCUCUCCAACUCAACAAAGUAGCUCUUUAGAAGACACUAAAAGCACAGACGUGGCCUCAGAUCAGCCUCAACCUUCUGGUUCUCCCACACUGCCUCCUGAUUCGCCUGUCAAACCUCCCGCAGUUCAUAAUCUCCCCAUCCAGGCACUGGCCGGGCUGAUCCGACCCCAGUACACUGACCCCAGGCAGGCCAAACUAGGAGGACAGGGCUGUACAGGAGCACAAGAGGAGGCAGAGGAAAAGAAGGAGAAGGAGCAGGAGGCUAUGGAGGAAGAACCAAAACAGGACGAUCCAGAGGAGGAGGCAGACGACAGGACACUUAAGGAUGUGUUCAAGACUUUUGAUCCCACUGCUUCCCCUUUCUGUCAGUAAACAAAAUUAACCUCUAUUUAGUGUUACAUGAACCUAUUUAUUUCUGUAUAUAAACAAUCCUGUAUAGAAUCAAAUACUAUCUAGUGCACCACACAUUUGCCGGUCUGAAGACGAUGCUCGAUAUGUGCACAGACACACUGUAUAGUUCCUUUUAACAUAAUCAUAUUACUGCUGAAAUGUGUGUUUUGAAAGUGUGUUAAGGUCUUUUAUCAUCGUGUAGUUUUCACGUAUGUUUUAAACAAUCAGGAAGAAAGCAACUAUGUUCACGAAGGACUGACCCACAUCCAGGCAGUAGUCUCUGUAGAAUAGAUCAUUCAUUCACUCUACAUGCAGAGAGAUAACGUGAAGCGAUCAAUCGAACGACAGUUGUAAGAAUUCCCUUGAGAAUUUUUGUAUUAUUUAUUUCAAGACACUUUUAUAUUGUGAGAUUUUUAUGUUUGUGCUCACUUUUAUGAGAGGGGAUUUUUUCACAAAAAGUCAACAGGUGUUUUCUUGAACAUUUACAUUUUUUUACCACACAUCCUGAUAUGAGUUUGUGAUUUGUCAGCCUGACACGAUUAGGUCAGAUCCUCCAAACAGAAUCCCCGCAGGCCCUUUUUACUGCACAUUUUCCAGAAAGGCACAUACAGGCUACAUGUGCCGAUGUUGAGGUACAGAAGUUUGUUCAUCAAUGACUUGCCUAGAAUUCAUAUAGCAAUGUUUGAUUGUUGCUGCCUUUCACAGCAUUGUGUUUUUAAAUCAAAGUCUCUACAAUCAAGCUAGCUUGCUGAAGUAUUUGUGCAGUAUGACACAGUUCCCAUCUUAGUUAAGGAGAAAUGUGUAAUUUUACAAUAUUACAGUCAUUCAAUAUCUGUUUUGUACAUUCUUGGACUUUUUUCAUGAAGUGGCCUAAAUGUUUGAGGAUAUAAUGUUACUGUUGUAGGCUUUUCUUACUGGCUAACCACAUAUUAAUGACAGUGAGUGGAGUUAAUUAUUAUUGGCUGCUUUAUUUGAUUUGUUGGUGUCGUCCCACAAAACACUCAGUGCUAACAAGCUUGUAAAUAGCAGGUAAACUCACUUGUUUUCAUCAGAACAAGAAAUCAAAAAAGAAUGAAAGAAAGAAAGUGUACUAUACAAAAAGAGUUAUAUGAUACAAAUAUGACCUUAUGAAUAUGUUUAGUAUUGAAUUUUGUUGGAGUUGACUGCAGCUGAACUCGUGUGCUAUAAAGAGUGAAUGUUGUAGGCUUCAGGUAGCAUCAUGCUAGGCAGUUUGUAUUAUUUGACAAUUGUGUGUCUGCUAAGAUUAGCUAUCCUUGUUUGACUGAAACUAAGCUGUGUACUUUUUUAUUGUUUUCAUAAGUCACAUUGUAAAUGCCUAUUUUGUAUCAUGUGUACAGUCUGUUUUUGAGUGUUUUAAUGAAUUAUGCUUUAUUUUUCCUUGUCAGCAUAGUGGUUAUGGUUGUAAUAAUACUGUAUUACAUUUUAACAACACAUAUUCUUGUCACAUCUCAGUGAUUUUAUUAUGAAUAUCUGAAAUAAAGAGAUAAAACAUAAG